AUGGAUCUUGGCAUCCCUAUUCACACUACGGUUGAGGGGGCUAUCCAAAUGUAUAGAGCAAGGAGGCAUAGAGUUAACACCUUAAGGAUGAUUGAGCGAGAAAUUCUGGAGGUGAGAAGCAGAGGUCUGUCGGAUGAGGAAGAUAUUUAUCUUUGGAAACGGGAUAAUGGAGACUAUAAAGAGGAUUUCAGAACUUCGCAAACUUGGAAUCUGAUUCGGGAUCGUUCUCCAAAGGUUUUAUGGGCUAAGGGAAUUUGGCUAUCUGAAGCUACUCCGAAAUUUGCUUUCAUUACUUGGUUGGCGAUGCACAACAGGUUAGCUACAGGAGAUAGGAUUCUUCUAUGGAAUUCUCAAGCUGUAUCGACUUGUUGGCUGUGUAAAACAACAAUGGAGACGAGGGAUCAUAUCUUUUUUGACUGCAGUUAUUCUAAAGAAGUGUGGUAUGGUGUAGUGAAGAAUAUGGCAGGUUCAAGGAGAGUUCAUCAAUGGACUGAUGCAGUUCAGGUGGUGAUUAAGGGGCUGCAAAACAGAGAUUUAUCAAUCCUGUUCAGAUAUUGCUUUCAAGCUGUGAUAUAUGCACUUUGGCACGAGCGGAAUGUGAGGAGUGUGGGAGAUCCUUCUGUUCCUGUUUCGUGUCUAGUGAAUCGCCUUGAUAAGCAAAUCAGAAAUAGGAUUACUACUCUUAGAAGGAAGGGGAAGAAAUAUGAGAAGACUAUGGAAGUGUGGUUUGGAAGAAGUUGA